AUGGCGACAAGAAUAUCUGAUCUUCCAGGGGAUAUGAUAAUAAUAAUAAUAAUAAUAGAAAUGAGGAAUGUCAACAACUUCUUUGUCGCUCUCUUUGUCUCGGCUGUGUUAGUGAGCUCAGCCACGGCGGCUACCAUGGAGUCUCCAGCACCAGCACCAGGUACUUCUUCAGCCACCGUGGCUUUUCCGGUGGUUGGCUCUAUCGUUGCUGCAUCACUCUCCGCCUUCUUGGCUCUUCUAUUGCAGUAAAGAGAUUCAUUGAGGAGGGUUUCUAAGAGAUAUAUGUAACAAAAAGUCUUUUUUGUUCUGAUUUGUUCCUUAGAAUCUAUGCAAAAUAAUUUUGUCUAACAACCCAUUUUGAUGUAUAAUCUCAUUGUGUAAGUUAUUACACUAAUAUGUUAUGAGUAUUAUAAUAAUAACAGUAUCCUAUAUAAGUGAUGUUAAUUAAA